CAUAUUGAGUGAUACCGUUACCCGCUGUUUGCCAUGAAGGCCCUAGUGCAUCGUCUAAUUCAGCAACGUGGGGCCUGCAAAUCCCAAUUAACUCGCGUGGCUGCGGAGGCUCAAGAGUUUGUACAGUCAUGUACUUCUGUGCAAACAUUAGAGCACAAGUUGGACCGACUUGUUGCAACUUUCAACCGCUUUAUGGAGCUGUCUGAAGAGCUGGUCCAAUAUAAUGAUGAAGAGGAAUACGUGGAUCCGGAUUUGGACAUCCCCGAAUAUGAGAAAAGGUUCUUUAGUGCGCAUAGUAUCUUCACUGAAGCCAUACGUGACCGGAGCAGUCACGAGACUGAGCACGACAACUCAAAUCUACUGCUAUCGACCACUGUGGAACGCUUAUUUGAGGGACAAACUCAACUUCUGGAGAGGAUUCGGGACUCAUCGGGAACCACAGAGCUGCAGUUCGAGAAAAUACGCAUUCCGACGUUUUCGGGCAGAUACGAGGAUUGGUGUCAGUUUAGUGACUUGUUCUUAGGCUCAGUCGACAAGAAGAGUAGUCUGUCCAAGUGCCAAAAGUUUCAUUAUUUGAAAUCCUAUCUGGAUGGUGAAGCGUUGUCUCUGAUAAAACAUAUUCCCGUAUCGGAUGCCAAUUACCAGGACGCAUGAGAGAGGCUCGAAAAUCGCUACAACAAGAAGUCACUGAUUGCUCGUUCGUUCAUUCAAAACUUUCUUUCGUUGCCAACCGCAAAGGGUUCAAACAUCGCCGAGUUGCGUAAGAUAGUCGACACCGCUGACGAAAGUAUACGUGGUCUACAUGCGCUGAGCUGCGACAGCCGCGAUGUGUGGCUAAUCCAUAUCUUGCUCUCAAAGUUAGACCCGGAAUGCAAGGAAGCGUGGGCCACCUCCAGUGAAUCGUGCAAGGAAAAUGUGACCAUAAAUGACCUGUUCGGCUUUGUCUUCGCCCGUUGCGAUGCACUUGAGUCUUGUCAAGAUCCAAAGCUAAUCCAGGAUACACACACGGUGCUGAAUAAACGUCGUGCAAUUUCUCAUCAUGUGGACGUGCCAAAUACGUCUGCUCGUGAUUGUGUAUAUUGUCACGAGCAACACAGCCUUUAUGCGUGCACUCAAUUCAAGGCUCUGGAUGUUGUGGACCGCCGCAAGUUCGCAAGGGAUGGUCAUUUGUGCUUCAAUUGUCUAAGCCGAUCUCAUCAAGUCAAGGAGUGUAAUUCCACAAACACGUGCCGUCUGUGUAAGCUGAGGCACCACACUCUUGUUCAUCCAGAGGACAUACGCUCUGUCACGGCUUCCGCUGAUGUCAAUAACUCCGCUGACUCACCCGUCCGCUCGUCCAGUUUCCCUGAUGACGCUGAUCCUGCCGUGGUCAGCCAUCAUACAUUGGAGAGGAAAUUCGUGGCCAAGAGUCAGGCCAUAUUGCCAACGAUUUUGGCCACUAUAGUCGACUCCUGGGGCAACGAGACCACCUGCAGGAUACUGUUGGAUACUGGUUCGACUAUAACGAUGGUCGCCGAAUCAUUUAUUCAACGAAUUGGUUUGCCGCGCACCCACGCUCGUAUACCAGUGGUUGGUCUAGGCGCAAAUCCUGCUGGGGUUACUAGAGGUCGCGCCACAUUCACGCUGCUCUCCCGCACAAGCUCGGCCUCAGUGGUGGUAACAGGUCUGAUUAUGAACACUUUAACAUCCUCGAUUCCAGCCCAGAGGAUCGAGUCUAACACACCGAUGUGGAAAAGGAUUCGUGAUCUACCCUUAGCGGACCCUACAUUUGGUAAACCAGGCGAAAUCGACGUGAUCUUAGGAGCUGAUCAGCUUUGGAACCUGUACACUGGACAACGCAAAGAGCAGCUACCAUCUCAGUAGUGAUGCUCACAACCACGCACUAGCACAUCACGCGCACGAGGAUCUGGACACUUUGGUUCGAUCGUUCAUGGACAUGGAACGAGUUCAACCAAGUGACGCUACCAUUGAUGCUAGUGAUCCCGCUGAGCAACACUUCGUUCAUACGCACGCCCGCAGAAACGAUGGCGUGUACAUCGCCGCAAAAACCCGGGUGGCACCCAUCAAACCUAUCUCCAUCCCACGGCUCGAUACUUCGUGUUGGUCAGACUCCGAAAUUGUACUACAUUGGCUCUCAUCACCCCCACGGACUUGGAACACUUAUGUUUGUAAUCGCACGGCUGAGAUUCUAGAAGCUUGCCCACGUAGCUGCUGGCAACACAUUCGCACUGAGGACAAUCCCGCGGACUGUGCAACACGCGGACUUUUACCAAAGGAUCUGGUAGAACAUCAACUGUGGUGGAAUGGACCACCGUGGCUUUCCCAAUCACAUCGCACUUGGCCACCUGUUAAGGCCAAGUUCGCACUGUCGACUGAGGACGCUGAGCGGAUGGAAGUAAAGGUCAAGCCCCAAGUUAGUCUACACAUUUCCAAUGAAGGAAAUGAUCUUAACUGUAUGAUCAACAAAGCUUCCUCCUGGUCACAUCUCUUGCGGACACUUAGCUAUUGCUUUCGGUUCGUACAUCGUCUUCGUUGCAAGGACCGCCUGUCAUCAUUUUUAUCGUCAUGGGAGCUUCAAUAUGCCCGCUCUAGGGUAAUCAAACAUGUCCAGAUGGAGUUCUUCCAAGUGGAGUACAGACAGCUGAGCACUGGACAAGCCCUUUCUCAAAAGUCCAAGUUGAUUCACUACACUCCAUUUGUUGACGACCAAGGAAUUCUGCGCGUAGGAGGACGCAUUGGAAACUCGAUGACAACCUAUGACGCAAAACAUCCCAUACUUCUUCCAAAGGAAUCACCAGUCGCUGUUUUAAUAGCUAGACACCAGCACGUCACAUCGUUACACGCUGGAGUCGAAUUUAUGUUUCACACGUUGAGACAGAAGUAUUGGAUCCUGGGAGCCCGUAACAUAGUCCGCAAAAUUGUAUUCAACUGCAAGAUAUGCUUCCUCCAGCGCAAAGGAACGAGUACACAACUCAUGGCUGAUCUUCCCGCCUUUCGCGUUCAGCCCACCCGCUGCUUUCUACAUUCUGGAUUGGAUUACGCUGGACCAGUUACCAUCAAGACAUCAGCAGGUCGGACACCGAAGUUUGGCAAAGCUUGGUUUGCCAUCUUUGUUUGUCUGUCCACCAAAGCAAUUCAUAUCGAGCUCGUCAGUGAUUUGACGACUCCUGCAUUUAUCGCCGCUUUCAAACGUUUUUGGUCUCGACGUGGCCCUAUAUCCGACUUGUACUCGGACAAUGGCACAACAUUCCAUGGAGCCAGAAAGGAACUAACGGAGAUGCAACGGAUAGCUGUAUCUCAAAGUCAAGACGAGGAAAUUGCUAAUUUUCUGACGAGUCAGGACAUCAACUGGCACUUCAUUCCGCCAUCUGCCCCGCACUUUGGAGGUCUUUGGGAAACAGGCGUACGAUCUAUCAAACUCCACCUUCGCCGAGUAAUUGGUAGCAGUGCGUUAACCUUCGAGGAAUAUUCAACAAUUUUAACUCAGAUUGAAGGGUUACUCAACUCUCGCCCACUGUGCGCGCCCAGCGAUCACAGCUUGGAUCCCCUUACCCCCGCUCAUUUUCUUACAGGUCAACCUCACAUGUCGGUGCCGGAGCCGUCCAUUCUGGAAACGUUGGAAUCUGGAAUACCUUACUUCCUUGCAACCUCGCACGAAAUGGCAGCAGGAGUCCAACGACAUAACCGUGGACACUCUUGUGGUACUGAAGGAGCCAAAUCAACCGCCUAGCAAGUGGCUGCUUGGGCGAAUCACCGAAGUUCAUCCUGGCCAAGACGAGAGGGUUCGAGUGGUCACCGUCAAAACCGCCCGAGGAGUGUACAAGAGGCCUGUUACCAAACUUGCUGUGCUUCCCUUGUUCUGAACAGUCGUUCAGGGGGGCCGGUAUGGUGAGAAAUGAGCCUCGUAGUUUUUACAUGUAUAUUGCGAUUGACCUAUUUACACGCUCAUGAUUGUAGUACACCGCCUAAGUAACUAUUUUUACGCGCAUAGCUGUGUUGUUGUUUACUCGGGUCCAGAACAUAGCUGUAAUGUUCUCACACGCAUGGCCAGACCCGCAGCUGCACACGCACACAGCGAUGCGUUCCGUUGUUUUGCAUUGAAACCGUCGCGUCGAGUCUUAUCGCGUGAUCUUUCAAUUCCCUUUUGCUCGACUUCUUUUCGCGGAGUUGAUGCAGUAGAAACUUCGAGACGAAGCCGCCCGCAAACAUAGUUUGUUCCGCCGCAGAAUCGAACCCCCCGCUAUUCUUGUAAUAUAAUUGUACUAUAACCACCAAUAUUAA